GGGAUUUCAGGAAUGGAUCUGAACACUGCGGGCCCUGGAAACUCUUUAAGAAGCCUAGUAAGCAAAGCGGGGGAAGGGGGACCAAGCAUGUACUGCCAAACUGAGCUGCCGGCAAUGAGCAGUUGAUUCGUCCUCUCCUCCCAACGCGCUACAGCUCCUACAUACUGAAGUCUUCAUCUCUCCAUCUCUGCGCUGCUGCCGGCUGCGCAAUCUGCGCACCCAGACUCCGGUGCUAGCCAGGGACCCCGACUCCGGACUCCGGCUGCACGGAUCUUGUCCCAGGGAGAGCGCAAGCAUGUCAUCCGAAAAGUCAGGCCUCCCUGACUCAGUCCCUCACACCUCUCCACCACCCUACAAUGCCCCCCAGCCCCCCGCCGAACCUCCUGCCCCGCCCCCACAGACAGCCCCUUCCUCGCACCAUCACCACCACCACCACUACCACCAGUCGGGCACUGCCACCCUCCCGCGCUUAGGGGCAGGGGGCCUGGCUUCUGGGGCCGCCGCUCAGCGCGGUCCCUCGUCCUCCGCCACCUUGCCAAGGCCCCCACACCAUGCCCCUCCCGGCCCGGCCGCAGGGGCGCCCCCACCCGGCUGCGCUACCUUGCCCCGCAUGCCACCCGACCCUUACCUGCAGGAGACUCGCUUCGAGGGCCCACUGCCCCCACCGCCGCCCGCCGCCGCCGCCCCGCCCCCGCCGGCGCCCUCUCAUACUGCCCAGGCCCCGGGCUUCGUGGUGCCCACGCACACGGGAGCGGUAGGCACGCUGCCGCUGGGUGGCUACGUAGCCCCGGGUUACCCUUUACAGCUGCAGCCUUGCACUGCCUACGUGCCGGUCUAUCCGGUGGGCACGCCCUAUGCAGGAGCGACCCCGGGGGGAACAGGAGUAACCUCCACGCUCCCCCCGCCACCCCAGGGCCCAGGGCUGGCCCUGCUGGAGCCAAGGCGCCCGCCCCACGACUACAUGCCCAUCGCGGUGCUGACCACCAUCUGCUGCUUCUGGCCUACAGGCAUCAUUGCCAUCUUCAAGGCAGUGCAGGUGCGCACGGCCUUGGCCCGCGGAGACAUGGUGUCAGCUGAAAUCGCUUCACGCGAGGCCCGGAACUUCUCCUUUAUUUCCCUGGCGGUGGGCAUUGCAGCCAUGGUGCUCUGUACCAUCCUAACCGUAGUCAUCAUCAUUGCAGCGCAGCACCACGAGAACUAUUGGGAUCCGUAAGGACAACCACGGCCCGGCCCCACCCUGCGCCCCUCGACGUCCCAAGCACGUUUUGCCGUCAAGCCGGGGAUCCACAGUGGGCGCCCCGCACACCCGCUUCUGGGGCUACUGGACUUGGUUACAUCCUAAACUAGGCCUCCACGGAAACUCUCGCCUUGCGAGCACGCUCGGAAUCCAGUUCCUCAGGAACCUCGCCAAAACCCACACUGAUAGGGAUGCCACUUCUCGGCCAGGCCCUCAGUCGCUCCAGGCCCCUACCCUCUCUAAAUACAGCACCCCCAGCCGAACUCUCUCGGUCACGGCUCCCCAGCCUGAAAACUGGUCCCUAAAGCCCCGCCUCCUCCAUAGGUUCCGCCCCGGCUCUGAUAAAACCCCGCCUCCAGGUCGGCAGGCUCCGCCUUCUUUUCUUCCCUGCGGGGUGAUUCAGUCCGGUGAUUGGGUUUGUGGCGCCAGGCCUCUCCCCGAUAGUUGUCAGUAUACUUGUCACUCCACACCUUCUCCCGGCGUGAGAGCCGAGCCCCAGGUUAGCCAGAACCCUCACCCUCACUUCCAUUUCUGUCUCUCCUCCACUCCAUCCCCGUCUAUUUUCAUGUUAAUCCCAGGACCUCUAUAACUUUUGGGUUUUGGGGGAGGGGGGGUGGUUUGGAAUGAGAUUUAGGAGGUUACCGGUUUCGGAACCUUCUCCCUGGAAGAAGAUUACGUCCCCGUUCUCUGUAAAUACUCCCUUCCUCCUACCCCAACUGGGCAAGCGAGCAGAAAGAACCGAGGGUACAAACCUUCCAAUAUCUGGAGGGAGCCAGCCCAAUCCCCGUUCCUCAUUAGUCCUCACCUUGUUCUGAUCUGUGUGUGAGUGUGUGUGUGAAUUUCUGAAAGACAAUAUUAAAUAGAUUAAGUGGAUUUA